UUGCAAAUGAUACAUGCACACAUUUUACCAUUUCAUUGUACUGCUGCUGUUUUAUGUACGAGUCGCUUUCCUCACGUGGCCGACAAGGUUUUCGGUAAGCGAGAAUGACAUCAUUCUGCAUGAUCGACGAUUAAGCGAGAUGAUCGACGGAUGUAGAUCUUCUACUGAUCGGAUCUACAGGCGACCAAAUACGAGGCAUCCAAGCUUAUUCACCCUGAGAAGUGCCAUUCUGCAGCAGACAUGACACUGAAAAAAAGAACAAGAAUUGGGACUCUUAGCAAGGAAAAACGCGAUCAUUUGAACGACAAUGACUUACAGAUGGCUGUGGACUCGGUUACAUUGGAUGAAAUUGUAGAUGACUCGCCUCCUAGAAAGAUUUUUGAAAGUGGAAAAUGGAAAGAAUCAAUUUCUCGCGUUGUGAAGAGUGUUGUUUCCAUUCGUUUUAGCCAAGUUGCUUCUUUUGAUACGGAUGGAGCGCAAACGGGUGAAGCUAGUGCUUUCAUUGUGGAUGCUGAAAAUGGAUAUAUGAUGACCAACCGUCAUGUUGCCUGUGCUGGUCCAUUUGUGGGUCGCGCCGUCUUGGACAAUCACGAGGAAGUCGAGGUUUAUCCCAUCUACCGAGAUCCCGUGCACGAUUUUGGUAUUCUAAAAUUUGACCCUAAGAAGAUUCGGUAUAUGAAGGUUCAGCAACUCGAGAUGCGUCCAGACCUUGCCAAGGUUGGCAAGGAAAUUCGCGUUGUCGGUAACGAUGCUGCUGAGAAGUUGAGUAUUCUUGCUGGCUGGAUUUCACGUGUUGAUCGCAAUGUUCCCGAAUACGGCGAGUACACGUACUGUGACUUUAACACGAGCUACAUUCAAGCUGCUGCGAACGCUAGCGGGGGCUCUAGUGGAAGUCCUGUAGUGGACAGCAACGGCUAUGUGGUAGCUUUGCAAGCAGGCGGGCACCUUAUGGCUGCUACCGAUUACUUUUUGCCUUUAGACAGACCAUUGCGUGCUCUUCGUUGUUUACAGCAAAACAAGCCCAUCACUCGGGGAACCAUACAAGCCCAGUUACUCAUGAAACCGUUUGACGAGUGUUCUCGUUUCGGUUUGCCUUCGGACGUUGAAAAGCGCGUUCGUAAGCUGUUCCCCGAAGCAACGAAUAUGCUUGUCGUUGAAAACGUGCUUCCUGAAGGACCGUCAUACCAAAAGCUCCAAGAGGGUGAUAUUCUCUUGUGUUUGAAUGGUUCAUAUUUGGUGAACUUGAUUGAGUUGGAAAGCGUAUUGGACGAGUUAGUUGGGCAAGAUGUUCAGUUAACCGUUCAACGUGGACCUGAAAAAGUCGAGCUUACUAUUACGGUUGGCAACACGCAUGCAAUUGCCCCCGAUCGCUAUGUCGAGGUGUGUGGGGCGACGUUUCACAAUCUUUCUUACCAGCUUGCCCGCCAGUAUGCUCUUCCCGUUAGACGAGUUUUUAUUAGCGAACCUACGGGUUCUUUCUAUUUGGAAGGAUCAGACUAUGGUUACCUCCUUGAAAGUAUAGCGCACAAGCCUGUACCAGACUUGGACGCUUUCAUUGAAGUUAUGAAAACAUUACCAGACCGCAAACGAGUCGUGGUAACUUACCGCUUGAUUCAUGAUAUGCACACUUUGUGCACUGCCGUAGUGGAUAUUGACCGUCACUGGGCAAGGGCUUUUCGUCUUGUUGUUCGUAAUGAUCAAACAGGUCUUUGGGACUUCACUAACUUGGCGGAUCCUGUGCCUUCUGAAGUAUUACAGCCUCAAACGGCGUCCAUUCCUCGCAUUGAUGUCGAGAGCUUCGGCCCCACAGCAGGUCUUGUGAACUGUUUUGUAACGGUAGACUGCUAUUUGCCUGUCCGCUUGGAUGGUUAUCCUAGAAGCCGCAGCAAAGGAACUGCCUUAAUCUUGGACACUGAACGAGGUUUAGCUGUAACGAGUCGUUAUACUAUUCCCUUUGAAAUGCUUGACAUCAAUAUCACCAUCGCGAAUUCCGUUGUCAUUCCUGCAAAAGCUGUAUUCUUACAUCCUACCCAAAACCUUGCUUUUAUUCGCUACGAUCCAAAAUUGGUUGGUGACACACCUCUUAGAGCCGCAAAGCUUAGCGACGUUCAAGUGCAACAGGGUGACACUGUUAACUUUUUUGGAUUCAAUGUAAGAUCAAGAGUGAUGGCCGCAAGAACUUCCAUUAUUGACAUAACAACUCAUGUUAUACCUCACAACCUAAUGCCUCGUUACCGUGCUUAUAAUAUAGAAGCCAUAACCAUUGAGUCUAAUUUAGGCAACAUGUGCGAGUCUGGUGUCCUUGCUGAUGAUAUGGGCGAAAUUGUUGGACUUUGGUUGAUGCAUUUGGGUGAGCAUAGAUCUAAUGGGUCUGACGCAAAAUAUCAGCUUGGUAUCUCUUCGCGCGUUGUUUUACCCAUUCUCAAGCGUUUGCAAAACGGGGAAACUGGGGACCCUAGACUUCUUAAUGUUGAAGUUCGUGCAGUGCAAAUUUAUAAUGCCCGUAGCAUGGGUUUAACCCAGGAAUGGGUGCAAAAGUUCGAGCAGGCGAACGAAAGAAAAAGACAACUUUUCAUGGUCACGCAUGUUGAGGCCGGUACUAAACGUACUUUAACUGAUGGCGAUCUCUUGUUGACUAUCAACGGAAAGUUGGUUACAAGCGUCGAGCAAUUGGAAGUCGAACAGAACGUUGAGUCUGUGGAAGUUGAAAUCCUCCGCUAUGGUGAACUAUUAAAACUGACUGUUCCGACGUUUUCUACAAAGAAUACCGAAACAGAUCAUGUAGUGAUUUGCUGGGGCGCUGUACUUCAAGCUCCACAUCGUUCUGUUCGUAUGCAGUCGACAAAACUUCCCUCCCAGGUUUAUGUGACUACAGUUACACACGGCUCCCCGGCAGACCAAUUUGAGUUGGGUAUGGCCGUUUACAUUACUGCGGUCAACGGUGUACCGACACCAGAUCUCGAUGCUUUUGUUAGAGAAAUUCGCAAGGUCCCCGACAACUCAUAUGUUCGUGUCAAAACAGUUAGCUUUGAUUACGUGAACGUCGUCCUUACUAUUAAGAUGAACAAGCACUACUUCCCUACAGUCGAGCUUGUAAAGGACGAAAGCACACCUACUGGUUGGAGAGCAACUAAGUACGGCGAAAAUAGCGAAGGCAGUGAUCCCAGCAUUGCCCUCACAGUCGAUGACAACAUAGAAUUUGAUGAACAAGUUUAAGAUCUUCCCCCUUUUUUUCAUCUUUCCCGUAACCGAUAGACUAACAAGUUUUCAAGCUUACUUUUUGGACAAAAGCAAUCUUUUAUUCAUGACUAAAACAAAGAGGAAGCCUUGUUUUCAAUCAACAAAUCCACAACGUUUCCCAUGUGCUUGAUUACUUCAAGCGCAGCCUCAUAGGUUUUCUGACAAUGUUAGUAAGGCGAACCAAGAAUGAUAUACAUACGUCUUGUUGGGGUUCGUCAAAGAUUAUAAGGCAACCACUGCCUUGAUCAAGGAUACCGUAAAACACUUUGUCCAAAAUCAUCUGACUGAGCCUAAGAAAAGGUUAGUACCAAAAACACUCCCGUAGAAAGGAUAGAAAAACCACGUACUUUCCCUCCACUUGAGCAGUGGAAAGUCCAAUAAGUUUGGCGACAUGAGCGACCUCGACACGGCUAAAAGGUUCAAUGACACGGAGCAAGUUCUGCUCCAGAAGGUUGUCAUAUAGAGCAGAAAAGUGAGAGCGAAUAACAGGAUCCGAAGCCAACUCACUCUUGUAUUCCAGCAAGGUUUUUUCGAAAGCGGCGAGUGAACGGUCCUCAUGAGCCUUAGCAACUGCACGCAUAGCAUCUAAGUCACGACCAGCAAACUUUAUUGCGUGCUUUCCAGACAAAAGUGAUUUCACUUCUGAAGCCGAAUUAAGCAUAAUUUGGGAAAGGAGCAUGUAUUUUAAGGAGGCAAGUGCCUUUUUGUCGUCAUUCAGUGAGGUGUAACCUUCAUAAGCUUCGUAAAAAUAAGAGUAAGCGGUUUUAAAGUCCA